CAUCUCGUGCAUCCGGAUGCGGGCAAAAAUGGAGGAGGCGGAGGUGUUUAACGGACGGAGAGAUGCGGAUUAUUGUGGUUAGGCAUUUUAUCGGAGGACAGGAGAAAGCCAAGGGCAAAAAUCGGCGUCUUUUCGGGUGUUUAAAAUGCGUUUUAGCAAAACGUGGACUGAAUUGAUUUGGGAAAUUCGUCUCCAAGAAGACGAAGACAACGGAGCAUCGGAUACUGUAACCUGUUAUAGGAAAUACAAUAAAUUAGAAGGGGCAGAGAGGGAGAAAAUAAAUCCAGCGAUAUGGACAAAUUGCAUGGACUGAAUGUUACAUUUUAAUCCACUAAUAGUAAAAAGUCGUGCCAUUUUUUUUCCUUUUUGUAUUUUCUGAGAUAAAAUCAGAGGUCGCUCUUUAAAUCUGCAAAUGAACGCGCCACAGUUAGACCCGUAAUUAAAGACAAUAAACUUUUUUGGAGGGAAAAAAAAAGGAAAGAUGAAAACGUCCUGGCAGACAUGUCUUCUCUUCUUGUGCUGGAGCAUUUCCGCCGUGUUUGGAGCUGCAGACCCUGGAGCACCGCGCGCGAGCUCUGUGCUGCUGCGCGUGCCCGUGCGCAAAGGCCCCGCGCGCGCCCCCGCGGCACACGGUCCGCACGUUCGGAAACCGAGAUCGACCGGCGAAGUUAAUUUCGUUGACAUGGUGGAUAACCUCCGCGGCAAGUCAGGACAGGGCUACUACGUGGAGAUGGCAGUUGGAACACCGCCUCAGAAGUUGAACAUCCUGGUUGAUACAGGGAGCAGUAAUUUUGCAGUUGGAGCUGCAGCUCACCCGUUCCUGCGUCGAUUCUACCACCGCUCUCUAUCUGUGUCAUACAAGGACCUGGGUCGAGGUGUGUAUGUGCCGUACACACAAGGGCGCUGGGAAGGUGAGCUGGGCACAGAUGUGGUGUCGGUUCCCCAUGGCCCCAAUGUCACACUGAGGGCCAACAUUGCCGCCAUCACCCAAUCAGAUCGCUUCUUCAUCAAUGGCUCUAACUGGGAGGGAAUUCUGGGGCUGGCCUAUGCUGAAAUUGCCAGGCCUGAUGAGAACCUCGAGCCCUUCUUUGACUCUCUGGUGAGGCAGACGAGCGUUCCCAACCUGUUCUCCCUGCAGCUCUGUGGGGCAGGUUUCACUCAGAACUACAGCCUGGGCAGUGCCACAGUGGGAGGCAGUAUGAUCAUCGGCGGGAUUGACUCUUCGCUCUACGUGGGAGAGCUGUGGUACACUCCAAUUCGUCGUGAGUGGUAUUACGAGGUCAUCAUUGUUCGGAUCGAAGUUAACGGACAAGAUCUCAACAUGGACUGCAAAGAGUACAACUACGAUAAAAGCAUCGUCGACAGCGGCACCACAAACCUGCGCCUCCCACGAAAAGUCUUCCAGGCUGCUGUGAAGGCCAUCGAAGCAGCUUCUUCAACUGAGCAGUUUCCUUCAGGCUUCUGGCUGGGUGAACAGUUAGUCUGUUGGCAGGCUGGCACCACACCCUGGCACAUCUUUCCCGUCAUUUCCCUUUACCUGAUGAGCGAAAACCGCAACCAGUCCUUUCGCAUCUCCAUUCUGCCCCAGCAGUAUCUCAGGCCUGUAGAGGAUGUUGCCUCAGCGCAGGAGGACUGCUACAAGUUUGCUGUGUCGCAGUCGAGCACGGGAACCGUCAUGGGUGCUGUCAUCAUGGAAGGCUUCUACGUCGUAUUCGACCGCGAGCAUAAACGCAUCGGCUUUGCCGUCAGCACGUGUCACGUUCAUGAUGAGUUCCGCACAGCAUCAGUGGAGGGCCCCUUCCAUGGAGUAGAGCUGGAGGACUGUGGCUACAACGUGCCCCAGACAGACGAAUCCACUCUUAUGACCAUCGCCUAUGUCAUGGCGGGAAUCUGCGCCCUCUUUAUGCUGCCCCUCUGCCUCAUGGUGUGCCAGUGGCGCUUCGCCCGCUGCCUUCACCCACCCGGCUCGGGCGACUUCGCAGAUGACUUAAACCUCUUGAAAUAAGCCAUAAUUUUAGCAUCUCGACUCACAACGAAGCCACUUCUGGGACCGCAAGAGUUUGAUGAGAGAGCGGGGGAUCAGAAAUAAUGUCACGGUGUACUGUAUAUAGGCAAAUGCAUCUUUCUGGCAUGUGAUUGGACAGUUGAUGUGAUAGGGGCAGUUUAAACCCUUGAUGGUCCCGUCUUAUUUAGUCUUUCAAGUGUGGACAACCGUGUCGAGUGCAUAAUCGCUAUGACGAGUGUGUGUGUAUGUGUAUGUGUGUGUAUGUAUGUGUGACUAAGAGCUCUUACGAUGUCAUAACCUUUACUAAAACCUUGAGAUAAUAACGUGCAAUUUCUGAUUAUUUGUAAUUUAUAAUGCCAGCCUUUGAAAAGGAACUCACACAUUUACUAACUACACAGAGGACCUGCUAUUAAGAACAUAUUGUAAAAGCUUACAAAGAUUAUUACAAAGAACUUUUAUUUUAAACGUCUGUUUAUGGCUCAUGUAUGUAACAAAAAGCUGUUUGUAUUUGCUCUUAUUUUAUUGAUCGUGAAGCUGAAUAGUAGUUUUGUGCUGCCUUAAUGUGGGACAUAUGGGAAUAUACACAACCACACACACACACAUCCACACACACAAACACACUAAUCUGAUACUACAAAUAUAUUUUUCACAUUCAUGCAUACACACCAAAGCCCAUAAUCUAUAUAAGAAGGCAUAUGAAAUUCAUGCAAAUUUUGGACUUGCCUAUGCAGUAAAAUAAUAUGUUAUGUAUUUCAAACUAACGACACGUGAGUCAAUGUAAAUCACGUAUUUUACUGAGACUUGUUUUAACGGUUACGGAAACAUGGUUUUUUUUUUUUGUUUUUCAUAAUACCAUGCAUUAUACUGGUCUGUGCUGAAAUACUACAGUAGGAUUCAAGUUGUUUUUCUGGAUUUUAAGUUUUCAUACAAAGCACUGUUCGACAUGUACUAAAUACAAAUUCAAAUCGGACUUUU